GCUCUGGCGGAACUGUGCACAGCCUGUGGCGUGGAGGAAGCGGCGCUCGCAACCUCCGAGGUGUCUGCACAACAGCGUGUGUCCGAGAGGCAGAUCUGGCUUCGAGAUUGCACCGGCACGGAUCUGUUGGGCAAGGAGAAGGGGAUCAUCAAUCCUUUCCGCGGGGCCGUCCAGGCCCUGCUCGGCGACCAGAGCAUGAUAG